AUGGGGCAGCAGGUGGGCCGCGUAGGGGAGGCUCCGGGGCUUCAGCAGCCUCAACCUCGCGGGAUCCGGGUCAGCAGUGCAGCCAGGCCCUCCGGCCGCAGGCGGGACCUGGCGGGGCGCACCACAGAGGCCGGCUUCAAUGUCUUCACCCAGCAUGAUCACUUUGCCAGCUGUGUGGAGGAUGGCUUUGAGGGAGACAAGACUGGAGGCAGUAGUCCAGAAGCCUUGCACCGCCCCUUUGGUUGUGAUGUUGAACCCCAGGCACUGAACGAAGCCAUCAGGUGGAGCUCCAAGGAGAACUUACUUGGAGCCACUGAGAGCGACCCUAAUCUCUUUGUUGCACUUUACGAUUUUGUAGCCAGUGGUGAUAACACACUCAGCAUCACUAAAGGUGAAAAGCUGCGAGUCCUUGGUUAUAACCAGAAUGGUGAGUGGAGUGAAGUUCGCUCCAAGAAUGGACAAGGUUGGGUGCCAAGCAACUACAUCACCCCAGUGAACAGCUUGGAGAAACAUUCCUGGUACCAUGGACCUGUGUCACGCAGUGCAGCAGAGUACCUACUCAGCAGUCUAAUCAAUGGCAGUUUCCUGGUGCGAGAAAGCGAGAGCAGCCCCGGGCAGCUGUCGAUCUCGCUCAGGUAUGAGGGGCGUGUGUAUCACUACAGGAUCAAUACCACCACAGAUGGCAAGGUGUACGUCACUGCUGAGAGCCGCUUUAGCACCCUGGCCGAACUUGUGCACCAUCACUCCACGGUGGCCGAUGGGCUGGUGACGACGUUACACUACCCAGCGCCCAAGUGCAAUAAGCCCACAGUCUAUGGUGUGUCCCCCAUCCAUGACAAGUGGGAAAUGGAACGAACGGAUAUUACCAUGAAGCACAAACUUGGCGGGGGGCAGUAUGGAGAAGUUUAUGUUGGCGUCUGGAAGAAAUACAGCCUUACGGUUGCUGUGAAGACAUUGAAGGAAGAUACCAUGGAGGUGGAAGAGUUCCUGAAGGAAGCUGCAGUGAUGAAGGAAAUCAAGCAUCCUAAUCUGGUCCAACUACUAGGUGUGUGUACUUUGGAGCCACCAUUUUACAUUGUGACUGAGUACAUGCCGUAUGGCAACUUGCUUGAUUAUCUCCGAGAAUGCAGUCGAGAAGAGGUGACUGCAGUUGUCCUGCUGUACAUGGCCACUCAGAUCUCUUCUGCAAUGGAGUAUCUAGAGAAGAAGAAUUUCAUCCAUAGAGAUCUUGCAGCCCGUAACUGCCUAGUGGGAGAAAACCAUGUGGUAAAAGUGGCUGACUUUGGUUUGAGUAGACUGAUGACUGGAGACACCUAUACUGCUCAUGCUGGAGCCAAAUUUCCUAUUAAAUGGACAGCACCAGAGAGUCUUGCCUACAAUACCUUCUCAAUUAAAUCUGACGUCUGGGCUUUCGGGGUACUGUUGUGGGAAAUUGCUACAUAUGGAAUGUCACCGUAUCCAGGUAUUGACCUGUCUCAGGUGUAUGAUCUACUGGAAAAAGGAUAUCGAAUGGAACAACCUGAAGGAUGCCCCCCUAAGGUUUAUGAACUUAUGAGAGCAUGCUGGAAGUGGAGCCCUGCCGACAGGCCUUCUUUUGCUGAAACACAUCAGGCUUUUGAAACCAUGUUCCAUGACUCCAGCAUUUCUGAAGAGGUAGCUGAGGAGCUUGGGCGAGCUGCCGCCGCCUCAUCUGUUGUCUCCUACCUGCCCCGACUGCCUGUACUUCCUUCCAAGACGCGGACGCUCAAGAAGCAGGGGGACAACAAGGAGAAUAUCGAAGGGGCACAGGACGCCACAGAAAAUUCUGCUUCUAGUUCAGCACCAGGGUUCCUUAGAGGUGCACAGGCCCCGAGUGGGUCCCCAGCAUUGCCUCGAAAACAAAGAGACAAGUCACCCAGCAGCCUCUUGGAAGAUGCCAAAGAGACAUGCUUCACCAGGGAUAGGAAGGGAGGCUUCUUCAGCUCCUUCAUGAAAAAGAGAAAUGCUCCCACACCCCCCAAACGCAGCAGCUCCUUCCGAGAAAUGGAGAAUCAGCCCCACAAGAAAUACGAACUCACGGGUAACUUCUCAUCUGUUGCUUCUCUACAGCAUGCUGAUGGGUUCUCUUUCACUCCUGCCCAGCAAGAGGCGAAUCUGGUGCCACCCAAGUGCUUUGGGGGGAGCUUUGCACAGAGGAACCUCUGUAAUGACGAUGGCGGUGGGGGCGGGGGCAGCGGCACUGCUGGGGGCGGGUGGUCUGGCAUCACAGGCUUCUUUACACCACGCUUAAUCAAAAAGACACUGGGCUUACGAGCGGGGAAACCCACAGCCAGUGAUGACACUUCCAAGCCUUUUCCAAGGUCAAACUCUACAUCUUCCAUGUCCUCAGGGCUUCCAGAGCAGGAUAGGAUGGCAAUGACCCUUCCCAGGAACUGCCAGAGGUCCAAACUCCAGCUGGAAAGGACAGUGUCCACCUCUUCUCAGCCAGAAGAGAAUGUGGACAGGGCCAAUGACAUGCUUCCAAAAAAAUCAGAGGAAGGUGCUGCUCCAAGUAGGGAGAGACCAAAAGCCAAACUUUUGCCCAGAGGAGCCACGGCUCUUCCUCUCAGAACCCCCUCUGGGGAUCCAGCCAUUACAGAGAAGGACUCUCCAGGGGCGGGGGUGGCUGGAGUGGCAGCCGCCCCAAAGAGCAAGGAGAGGAAUGGUGGGGCGCGACUCGGCAUGGCUGGAGUCCCAGAGGACGGCGAGCAGACGGGCUGGUCUUCUCCGGCCAAGGCUGCAGCAGCCCUCCCAACCACUCACAACCACAAAGUGCCAGUCCUUAUCUCACCCACUCUGAAGCACACUCCAGCUGACGUGCAGCUCAUUGGCACAGACUCUCAGGGCAAUAAAUUCAAACUCUUAUCUGAGCAUCAGGUCACAUCCUCUGGAGACAAGGACCGACCCCGACGGGUAAAACCAAAGUGUGCCCCACCCCCCCCCCCAGUGAUGAGACUACUGCAGCAUCCGUCCAUGUGCGCAGACCCCACGGAAGAGCCGACCGCCCCAACUGCAGGACAGCCCAUGCCAGAAACACAGGAAGGAGGGAAAAAGGCUGUUCCGGGGGCAGUGCCUGGUGGUGGGAAAGCCGGGAGGCCAGUGAUGCCUCCCCCUCAAGUGCCUCUCCCCACAUCUUCCAUCUCGCCAGCCAAAAUGGCUAACGGCACAGCAGGUACUAAAGUGGCUCUGAGAAAAACCAGACAGGCGGCUGAGAAAAUCUCAGCAGACAAAAUCAGCAAAGAGGCCCUGCUGGAAUGUGCUGACCUACUGUCCAGUGCCAUCACGGAGCCUGUGCCCAACAGCCAGCUGGUGGACACUGGCCACCAGCUCCUCGACUACUGCUCAGGCUACGUGGACUGCAUCCCUCAGACGCGCAACAAAUUUGCCUUCCGAGAGGCUGUGAGCAAACUGGAGCUCAGCCUGCAGGAGCUGCAGGUGUCUUCAGCGGCGGCCGGGGGGCCCGGGGCCAACCCUGUCCUUAAUAACUUACUGUCAUGUGUACAGGAGAUCAGCGACGUGGUGCAGAGGUAGCCACUGUGAGCCUCGUGGGCAGACGCCCACAGCUCUGAGGGGAGAGGGAGAGGGGCUUGUUUUCCUGUGUUGCUGUUUUCAAAAAAUGAAAGACUGAUACUUGAGUGUGUUUAUGUGAAGUACCUCAGAUCUCUGAGCUCUCACGUUUACAGGUUCAUCUCAAAAACAACAAAAAGCAAAAACACGUAGGACAGGGAAAUGAGAUGGGGGCGGAGCAGUCGCGGACAGGAUUGGAAGGCGCACCGGAACAUCAGGGAGCGU